AUGUCUGCGGCACAUUCGACGUCGACUGAGUUGAUCAAGACGUUAGGGCUCGAAGAGCACAUUGAGGGCGGAUACUUUACGGUGACGGAUGUACAGGAGGAGAAGAUACCGUCUGCGUUUGCUGGAGGAGAGAAGAGGCAGCUUGCGACGUCGAUUUAUUAUUUGUUGAGUUAUGAUCGGCCGGUGGGGACGUUCCACAUGAACAAGUCGGUCACAUACCAUGUUUGGCACCAAGGCCGCGCCGAGUACACGCUCAUCACACCGGGAAACCCACCGCGCAUUGAGAGGAAGGUGAUAGGGCCCGACGCGUCUGCGGGAGAGACAAGAAUGUUGCUCGUUGGCACUGGUGUGUGGAAGCGCUCGGCGUUGUUGGAGGUGGAUAUGCAGGCUGCGGAGAGCGAGGAGGAGAGGGAGAAAAUAAACUGUUUGAUUACGGAGGUUGUGGUUCCUGGAUUUGAUUGGAAGGAUCAUAGGUGGAUGCGUAGAGAGGAUUUGGAGGGGUUGUUUGAGGGUGUGCUGGGUGGUGAGGAGAAGGUGAGAGAAUUUGAGAAGUGGGUGUUUAGUGGGAGUGAGGAGGAGAUGAAGGAGAAGGUUGAGGGGGGGAGGUAA